AUGCCGGCCGAGGAGCUGCAGGCGGCGGCAGAGGAGGCUGACGCCGCUGAGGAGGACGCGGAAGCGGCGGCGACAGAGGAGGAGGGGGGCGUGCUUGAGGAAGGCGGGGAGGCAGAAGAGCCCAGCGAUGACGAAUGCCAACCUGCUUCUCUCGCCCCUCCUCUCGACCCCCUGCUUGCCAUGGAUGGAUCCUGUUGCUAA